UUUUACCUCCUGCUGGGCGCGUAACUAGUUUUAUGUCGUGAUAACUAAUUUAGUAAUUAAUUCUACAAAAUAGCAGGAUAUAUUAAUUAAAGAAUGUGCGAUUUAGGACUGCAACGGUGGAAAGCAACUAUUGACGGCUUUAAUUGGCCGUGCGAGGUACUUUUACUCGCGACACCCAUGGCACCACAGACGUCACGUGUCCAUGACGAUACCGGCCGGCUGCCUUUCUCGCGAGAUCACCGGUUGCUUAGCCACCGCUGUCAACAUCUCUGUUCAUGAUACAAACACCAGAGCUACGCUGCUUGUACGGAUUCACAAGGAAAAGUGACGUUUUGGCACAUACCAUGGAGGGCACAGGGCGAGAGGCAGAGGACCAGGCCGAGUGUUUGGAGGAAUUCCAGCUGGUGCUCAGCGAGCUGGCUGGUGAUCAGAGCAUGGACAAGAUCCGGGUAGAGUACGAGAAGCUCAUACACGCACUGCAGAAGUCCCGGGAAAAUGAAAGGAGGCUGAUGUCCAAAUGCAGGGAGCUGAAUGCUGAGAUUGUGUCCACCUCAACUAAAGUUGCAACUGCUCUCAAACUGUCUCAAGAAGAUGAGAGCACAAUAGCUUCACUGAAGAGGGAGCUGGAUAAGGCUUGGAAAAUGGUUGAUGUGGCUCACGAUAAAGAGAAGAAGGACAGAGAUACCAUUAAGAGUUUAAAAGAAGAGGUUGCCAACCUGACAAAGAUUGCUGAACAGCAGACAGACUCCUCAAUGGACCAGGAGCAGAGUGAAAUACUAAAAAUGACCGAACAGUUGACUAAGGAGCGGGAUCAGCUGCAGGCAACUGUGGAGGGUCUGAGAGAGCAGCUGAACAAGGCAAAUGUCACCCAGCAGGAGACGGAGGCGAAGAGACAGAGUGCCUUAGACAACAUUUCUAUGCUUCAGCAGGAGCUCCAGGUUCAGCAGAACGAGAUUUCCCGGGAAAUGAGGCUGAAGGAGAAACUGGACAAGGAGGUGAAGCAGCUGCAUGUCGACAUGGAGGCCAAGAUGGGUGACAUUAAAACUCUGAAUCAACAGGGCCAACGGGCCAAAGAGGAGCAGCUGAGGCUGGAGCAGCAGCUAAAAGAGCUAAAGGUCCUGAACGAGAGAACUACCAAGGAGCUGGAGCAGACGCAGGUGAAGAACACCAAGCUGCAGCAGGAGUGUGAGCAGCUCGCCUCACUCAAAGAGCACCUGUCACUGGAGAAUCAGCAGAGAGCAAAUGAGCUCAAGGUGAGGGACGAGGAGGUGACUCAGAUGCGACAGGAGAUUGCCAAACAGACAAAGACGAGAGAAGCCAUCCAGAAGAAGCUCCACCAUAUGGAGGAUCAGAAAGCUGAUGUGGACGUGCAGCGGGAGACACUGAAGGCUCAGAUCGUUGGUCUGGAGAAAGAUCUGGAAUCCUCUCAAAAGCAGAGUGAAGCUGACAAGAAAGCGAUAGACGAGCUCAUCCGAGAGCGAGACAUCCUCAACAAGAACACGAUCAAAGCGGCACUGUCGACUGAGAAACAGCAGAACCUCGUGAAGCUCCUCGAGCAGGACAAGAAGACGUUGGAGCACGAGAUCAACGGAUACCGGCAGGAGGCGCAGAAGCAGCGCAAGAUCAUCCAACAGCUGGAAAAAGAACGAGACCGUUACAUCAACGAGACCAGCAGUCUCAUGCAGAAGGUGCAACAAAAAAUGGGCGACGUUGAAGUUCGAGAGAUGGAGAUAUUUGACUGGAAAAAGAAAGUCACUGAGGCGGAGUGCAAACUCAAACAGCAGGAGAACCUGCUGGAGACUGUUGUGGCUGAACGGAACCUCUACAGCAAAAACCUCAUCGAGGCUCAGGAAGAGAUUGCAGAGAUGAAGAGGAAGAUGAAGACUAUGAACAACCAGGUCACACGGCUCAGAGAUGAAAUCACAGGGAAGGAGAUGGCCCUCGCCAAAGAUCAGCAGGAGUUCAAGCGCUUAGAAAAGGACAACGAGUCACUCAAGGGGGAGCUGCAGUCCAUGAAGCUCCAGCUGGAGGAAUCAAAGCAGCGUGUUGAAAGCCAAAAAGCAGAGCAGCAGAAACUGCAGAAAAUUAUAGCCGACGCCGACGCAGAGCAGAUCCAGCAGAAGAAACAACUGGAACAGGUGGCCAGAGAGCGAGACAGUCUGGGAAAACAGCUGCUACGCCGCAACGACGAGCGCGCCCUUCUCUACGAGAAGAUCAGGAUCCAGCAGUCGAUCCUCAGCAAGGGGGACUUCCACUACAACCUGAGGAUGGAAGACGUGCGUCUGCUCAAGUUGGAAGUUAAGAGGCUGCAGCGCAAGAAGAGCAUCCUGGACAAGACUGUACCCAACACAGAGGACCUGAGGCGGGAGCUCUUCCACCUGCAGAGGGAGCUGCUCAGAGAAAGGAUGAGAAACAGCGUCCUUGAGGAACAGCUGAAGCCCAUAAACAUUCACCGAUGGAGGCGACUGGAGGGCAGCGACCCCGACAAAUACGAACUCAUCCAGAAGAUUCAGUCUCUACAGAAGAGGCUUAUUACGAAGACUCAGGAGCUUGAGGAACAUGAACUGCUGCUACAGGAGAAGGAGAAGCUGUACGUGGAGCUGAAGCACAUUCUGGCCCGGCAGCCUGGUCCAGAGGCAGUCGAGCAGCUGCAGCAGUGCCAGUGGGCCCUCAGGGAGAGAACUAAAAAACUCAAGGCGCUGAUAGCAGAGCUGAGGAUGCUGGAUUCAAAGAUGAACGAGCACAAAAGUGAGAACCAGAGAUUGGCCAACGAGCUCGCGAACAUCAAGAAGAAGUACCUCAGUCAGAAGAAGCUGCACAGUGAACACAUGACCAGGUCCAAAGUGGAGCAGCUGGAACCUCUGCCCCAGCUGAGCAGCAAACCUCACUUCACUGGAGGAGGCUUCAGGAUCGACAACCCUGUAAGAAGAUGAUAGAUGAGGAUAGAGAUGAAUAUGUACUACACCAUUUGAAGUGGACAGUAUAACAGGGAAGCUGUUCACUUAGGCUCAAACAGUUGUAUUGUGUGGUUGGACUUUUCACAGCAGUACAAGUAAAUA